GUAAGUGCACCAAGGCUGGCUCCCCCAGCUUCUCCUCGACUCCAAGAGACAGAGCAGUGGUGAAAUGUGAGCGCCUGGAGGACGUGGUGGGGGGCUGUCGCUACCGGGUCAAUAACGACUUGGACCGCGAGUAUAGACCACGUCCUGUGAGCGAGAUCAUCAAAUCUGCAAAGGAGAAGGUUG